AUGGCUUGUUUCCCGACGGAAAAGGAAUAUGGCUACGACGAUAGCAGGUUUGAGAAUGACGUUGACCAGCACUUUCAUUGUUCUAUCUGCUACAAUGUUCUUAAAGAACCAAGGAUGUGUAGAAAUAAUGAACACGUCUUUUGUCUUGCCUGCAUCAGUGAACAUCUGAAAGUAAAUUCUCAAACUUGCCCUGAAUGCAACGAACAUUUGAGUGUUGAUACGCUUCGUCGGCCGCGUUUAGUGAAUAAUUAUUUGUCUAAGCUGAAGAUUAAUUGUGAUUAUGCCAGUCGAGGAUGUCCUGAGUUUACUUGUGUUGCAGACCUCCAAACUCAUGUUGCCAAUUGCGAGUUUGCUCCUGUGUUUUGUUCGAAUGAAAAUUGUGGCAUGGAGAUUAAUAAGCAAGACCAGGUCCAUCACGAGACCGAACGUUGUGAAUACAGGAAAGUGAAAUGUUCUGACUAUGACAAGAUACAAGAAGAUAUCGGUACAUUGAAAGGAAGUCUGACAGAACUGAAUGGGAAAGUUGAAGCAGUGGGGAAAAAAAUGGAAAAAAACAUAGCGAAUAAUCAUGUUGAAAUGAAAAGAAUUGUGGGAAAAUUGGAAGGAAGCUUAGUGGGAAUGAGUAAAAGGAUCGACGAAAAAGUGGAAGCAUCGAAGAACAGCCACGAAGAAAUGAAACAUGACCAACACGAAGUUAAGAAAGAAAUGCGUACUAUGGAAGAAAAUCUCUCAAAUAUGAACAAAGACGUGGACGAGUUCAAAGUCAUGAUGAGUCAAAUGUUAGAGAAGCUAAACAUGCUUGAAUUGCUCAACAAACUUCCAUCUCCUAGUGUGGGAAUGUUGAAUACACCAAGAGAAGAUAUUUUGAUUGCUGGUGGCUCUGGCUGCGAUUCAGGAUGUAGUGCAGAAAUAUUUUCCUGGGAGACGAAUG